UCCUCUCAAACCUUUGUUCUUCCUCAAGUAAGUUUUUCAAGUAAUCCUCUUCAAUAAUUCUAGCUUCUAAUCUAGUUUUGUUUUUGAAAUUUAUAGGAAGAUCUUGCAAAUAUCAAAGGGAAGCAAAGAGGUUUCAAGAAUAAUUAAAGCCAGUCAAACUUUUACUGUUGAUUUUUGUGUAAUCAAGAUCAAUGGCCGAUAGAAACGCUAGAAUUGAUGCUCAACUGAGGAAUUUAGUCCGAGUGACUACGAAUUUAGCUAGAAGAGGUCCUUCGAAGAAGAAGUCUGUUGAUUGGUUUAAGAGGGUUAGUGAUAGUAAACCGCCUUCUUAUGAUGGGAAGGGUGAUCCUGUUAAGCUUGAGAACUGGGUUAGGGAUUUCGAGAAGCUAUUCGAUGCUAUCCAAUGUCCAGAUAAUAGGAAAGUAGCUAUAGCUGCAUAUUACCUCAAGGAGGAAGCUGACUUUUGGUGGUCGCAGCAUAAGGAGACGUUAAUGGCAAGGCCUGACUUUGAUUGGAAGGCUUUCGGAGUAGCUAUGAAGGAGAAAUUUUAUCCCAAUUUCUUGAGGAGGCAAAAGGCCACUGAGUUUGAUGAGUUGAAGCAAGGUGACAUGACUGUGGAGCAGUACUAUGAGAAGUUUGUAGGAUUGAUGAAGUUUGCUCCAGAGUUAGUACCUACUGAGGAAAGAAAGCUGGAGUUGAGAGCUCAACAACAAGAGGAAGGAAAUCCUAGUCAGAAUUUCCAGAGGAACGACAAGAAGUUCAAGCCUCAAAAUAACUUUCACCAAGGAGGACAAUCUAGUGGCCAAAGGAAUGGAGGCCAGUAUCAACCACAGAAGGGUGGAAAUGGUUCUAAUAAGGGAAAGAAAGGAGACGAACGCGUGUAUUUCUGCAAGAGGUGCCCAUACAAUCAUCCUGGAAAGGAUUGUGAAGGAAAGCUGGUGGAGUACAAGGGCAAGAGCGGAAACCAAUUUGGUCAGGGUAAUCGAAACCAGUCAGGAGGCAACAACUAUCAAGGUGGGAACAGGCAAAAUGGGAACAACAAGACCGUUUCGAGUGGAGCUGGCCCUAGUGUGCCUGCAGUUGCAAGGUUGAAUGUCAUAAGUGCUAGAGAAGCUGAGACGUCAAGGACGUAG